AUCGUCACACAGACACACAUAAUAUAAUAUACGCACACACCGAAUAACAACACACAGUGGUGGCGCUUAUACGUAUCCACAUGACUUUUCCGCGGAAAAUGUUUUCCAUUAACAAUAACGACACGGUGAAGCCAGUAGUAAUAUCAGUGGCAAUAACUGCGUCCUCGAAAUCGUCUGUUCCGUCGGUGUGUUUCUCGCGCGUCGUCGUCGCUGUUGUUGUUGUUGUUGUUGUUGUUGUUGUUGUUAUUAUUAACGUCGUGGUCGUCGACGUGCCGCCGUCGUCGCAGUGGUCAGUGACAGAAAGGGUUUUCGCCGAUUUCCAAUGCGCCCCGUCGGCCGCCGCCGUCGCCGCAGCAGCAGCAUGUUCCGAAUUAUUGUGCUAAACGCCACUGCCGCCGUCGUACCGUGUUUUGCCCGCAGUGUUCGUUGUUGUUGAAACGAUAUCGUCUCGUACGCGCGUGCCGUCGUAUCGUUUUCCUCUCAUUUAUCGUCGUUUUCGACGCCCUCGUGCGCCGCGCGCCGUGUAUGUGGAUACAUUAUUAUUAUAAUUAUAAUUAUAAUUAUUAAUUUUUUUUUUUUCCUUACGAUACACGAGAAACAAAACGACCGGUACAGAUUAUUAAUUCAUACCGACAUACCUAGUGUAAUAUUGUAUUUAUACGUCUGUUCGUACCUACGCGAUACGCGAACCGUACCUCUCGUAGUGUGUAUAAUACGAUAUCGCGGUGUGAUUUGGCUAUUGCGACGCACGUUUUCGUGGCCGUUCGAAGAGACGGCGUGUGCGCGAAAAUCGUAACAUUUUUAUUGUUUUUGUUAUUGUAGUGCUAUGUGUGCCCACGUCGGUUCUAGUCAGUUCGCGUACGGUACAAUAAUAUUAUAGUUCGGAACGCGGACCUAGUUUUCGAGUUCGCACACGCGAAAGGAAAUACCAGACGAGAAGUAUAAAUUGCUUAAAAUGAGCUUGUUGCUGGCUCAACUUACUGACUCACCUAAGCCUAGAAAUGCUAUGGCUGGUGUUGUUAAAAUUGGUUAUUUAAAAAAAAAUAAGAGUAUGAGAAAAAAAUUUUUUGUGCUCCGAGAAGAAACUGCUGGUGGUGGACCUGCGCGUCUUGAAUAUUAUGAAACUGAAAAAAAGUGGAGAAACAAUGCAUUACCUAAAAAAGUAAUUGUAUUAAAGUCGUGCUUCAAUAUCGACAAACGUGUAGAUGAACGUACUAAAAAGACAAUAUUAUGUUUGUAUACCAAGGAAAGUUCUUUUUAUAUAUUAUUUGAUUGUGAUAAAGAACUUGACGAGUGGUUGGACCUAAUGUUAGUUUUACAACGUGCUUCUAAACAUUUUGGACCGGGUGAUUUACUCAAAGAACCUUUCGAGCAUAUUUGGCAUAUUUCUAUAUUAAAAAAAGAGCUGGGAAUGAAUCCAAAUUUAAUAGGUAUGACUGGACUCUGUUUAUGUGACAAAAAAGUGAGCAUAAUGAAAUAUCCAACUAAAUCAAAAGAACAAAAGACUAUGGAUAUAAUGCUGUCAAGUAUUCGUCGUUGUGGAGCUUUAGGCACUUUUUUUUAUAUGGAAGUAGGACAAAGUUCUCCAUUUGGUUCUGGUCAUAUAUGGAUGGAUACAUGGAACAAUGAUGUAGCAGCUAGUGUUCAUGAAACUAUAAUGGGUGCAUCAAGUCGAAAUCAUGACACUAGAUUUAGAAUGAGAUCAUCAUCAUUUAAUGAAGGAUCACGAUUAAUAAACUGUCCAUCAAGACAACGUUCUAGUUUUUAUGAUGAGAAUCACCCUGGGCUUCGAUAUAAAAAUAAUAGUCAAAGUUCCUCAACUUUAAAUAAUGGCAAUGUUGAUUUAACUCGUACAGGAUCAGUUAGACAGCGUUGUGAUAGUAUGCCAUUGCGACCACGUACUAUUAGUGAAAACACAACUUCAUCAACACGUUCUUUCAAUGGAAUUUUAUCCCCAAAACAAACUUUCCAUAAAGGCUGUAAUUGUGUUUCUGCCUCUUCAUCAUUAUCAGCGUUUAACGAUUCUAACUUGAGUACCUGGGAUUCAUCACUUUCAAAAUCUACAGAUACCACAGAUGGAAUCUCUUCUUUUUACACGAGUCUUAAUGACCAUCGGUCUGCCAUACUUGAGGAAAAACAAGAAGACUUUAUUCCUUAUACUCCAUUAGACAAAGAAGAAGAUUCUUUGAGACAAACAAGUGACAGUAAUGUUAAUAAUAACAUUAACUUGAUUAACAACAAUAUUGUUGGUAAUAAAUCCAGUUCCUCUUCCCAGGCGGGUUCUUGUUGUGACUCAAACAGUCCGUAUGGCUCACCCAUCAAUGUAGAUGAUACAUAUACUCCUUUAAACCCUUCUGGUACGUCUGGAACAUCUCCUCCACCAGAUGGAUACCUUCCAAUGAAACCAGGAUACACUUUUUCUAGUAAUUGUGUAAAUGCUAUGCCAUUGGAAGGAAACAGUAAUUCUAAACAAGAACUUACUGAGAUGCCUCAAAUGGAAUUUGAAUCGCCUGAAGGCUAUGUCCCUAUGGCACCUGUGGGUAAAAUGUCUGACUAUGUAUCUAUGGAUUGUAAGCAAGGAUCUAUUGAAUCUGGAACACCUUCUACAGAUACUCGCUUUUCUGACAUACAUUUAGACAAAGUUUGUGCAUACCUUACUCCAUCUGAGGACGAAGGACCUAUUGAAAGGCCUACUCGAGCUUAUUCUGUUGGUUCCAGACCAGAUGGCUUAAGGGAAAAAAUUGACAAAAUUAAUGCUGAUCGAACAAGAGCUCGUGCAUUUUCAGUUGGCAGCCGUGGUCGAUUACCCCCAACCGGAUUGCCACGGAAUGGUUAUCAGUCUGGUUCGACCAGUAUGUCUGAACAAAGUGACAAUGGUGAUCGUGUGGAAAUUGAUUUUAGUUGUAAUUCAAAAUCUCGUCGUCAUUAUUCAGCAACUUGCCGUACUUUAUCUAUUCAACCACCAGCAGAUUUAUCACCAAGAUCAUCACCUAAACUUUGUCCUUCUCCUGAUCCAUUGUGUGCUCAUAAACCAACUGGUCGUUCCCCUCCAAAAUCUAUAGUGUCUUCUGUAGAUAUUAAAAGAACACUAUCUGGAGCUGUUCAUGGUAUUUCCAGAUCACCUCCAACAUCUUCACAUACUUAUUUAUCACCUACAUUGGAAAGAGUUUCAGAGGUGCCUGGUAUUGAAGUUGUUGAUAAUUACAUACCAAUGAAACCAAGUCAAGGAUUAAAUCCCUGUGAAAACACAAAUAUGGUGGUAGACGAAUCAAUUAAAAGAAAUUAUGUAAAUGUAUGGGAAGCAGCAAGUAGCACGUUUCCAAUCAUGAAAAUGAUUGGAGGUUUGAAUUGGAAAAAAAACAAAAAACGUAAUACAGCUCCUGCUUUAGAACAACUUAUACCUAUGGCUGAUGAAGGCAUUGAUGAAAUAGAUGGUUAUACGACUAUAAGGCCUGGUGUUCAUACAAUACCGGUACGAGAACAAAUCAGUCAGUCUUCUGAUGCAGUGUUAGAUGCCAUUUGUGAUGGACUUGCAGAUCUAGUAUUCUCAGAACCACCUCCUAUUGUCACAUAUAAUUCUCAAAACCACUCUAAGUCCGAUAAUUCUGUUUCUUCGUUGGAUGGGUAA